UUUGAUGACAGUGUGACCGAAAUUUGCCCUGAAACCAACCGGAACUUGCGUAAAUUUCUUCAAGCCGCUCGAAUCGAAAACAUGUUUUUGAAGGACGGUCGUCCUAUAACAGAUCCCGAAGUUUGGAAUGAAAUAAGCAAAGAGGUUCUCAUUCCAUCACUAGCUGACGAGCAUGGACGGACAAUUUCGCUGAGCGAGGCAUGCCUUAGUGGAGAUGAAGAAGCAGUGAAACUGUUUUUGUCCUCUGGCGAAUGUGAUGUUAACGAAAUUGGCAUUGACGGCGAGACUGUACUCGCUUGCGCUGUAUCCAAAAAUGCGGUUCCUAUAGUUGAACUCCUCCUCCAACGCGGUGCUGACCCUAAUCCAAAGGAGAAAAAAGUCGAGUCAGUUCCGUUAAUCGAGGCUGCGAAAGAUGGGCACACCGACGUCGUCAGGCUCCUCCUACAAUACGUUGCUCGGUGUCUCAUUGAACAUGGCGCCUACAUUAACACCUAUUCAACCGAAUUUAAGGAGUCUGCGCUAACCCUCGCAAGUUACAAGGUACUUUUGUUCCUCUUCCUGGUUGCCCCCGUUGAAAAUGGCCAUGCGGACAUGGUGAAUUUCCUUCUUGAGAAUGGGGCCGAUCACGAACACCGAACUGAUGAAAUGCACACUCCCCUAAUGGAAGCGGCCAUGGAAGGACACGUAGAAGUUGCAAGGCUUCUCUUAGCUCAUGGGGCUAACGUAAACAUCCCUCAGGACAGCUUUGAGUCGCCAUUGACCUUAGCAGCUUGUGGUGGCCACACGGAACUUGCUCAUCUUUUACUCGGAUACGAGGCGGACAUCGAAGAAGUAAACGACGAGGGAUACACUCCUCUCAUGGAGGCAGCCAGAGAGGGUCAUGAAGAGACCGUUGCCCUGCUUCUCGCUGCUGGUGCGGAUGUGAAUGCAAAAACCGACGAAACUCAGGAAACUGCCCUGACCUUAGCCGCAUGUGGCGGUUUUAUUGAGGUCUGUGAUAUGCUCCUCAAUUCGAACGCUGACAUUGAGGUCGGUAGUGCUGGCUGCUCAACACCUCUCAUGGAGGCCGCCCAAGAAGGUCAUCUGGAACUUGUUCGCCGUCUCCUACAACGCGGAGCAAACGUGAACGCCAUGACUGCAACUGGAGACACGGCUCUUCAUUACGCUGCCGAGAAUGGCCAUGUCAAAGUGUGCAAGGAGUUGCUGAAU